UGGCAACAUAUAAGACAUGCUUUUAGAGAACCAUUUGCUGAAUUUAUUGGAACAAUGGUUUUAGUGAUGUUUGGUGAUGGUGUUGUUGCUCAAACAAAAUUAUCAAAAGGUGAAUCUGGUAAUUAUACCACUAUUGCAUUCUCUUGGGCCACUGCUGUGUUUUUGGGUUAUACAAUGUCUGCUGGUAUUUCUGGUGCUCAUUUAAACCCUGGUGUCACUUUAUCUGCUGCUGUUUUCAGAAAAUUCCCAUGGAGGAAAUUACCAGGUUAUGUACUUGGUCAAGUUUUAGGUGGUUAUAUUGGUGCCUUGUUAGUUUAUGGAACUUAUAUUCAAAGUUUUGAUAAUUUUGAAGGUGGAAGACAUAUUAGAACAGUUACUGGUGAUCAUGCAAGUGCUGGUGUUUUCUGUACUUUUUCUCAAGAUUUCUUGAAUACAAGAGGUCAAGUUGCAUCUGAAUUGGUUUCCUCUGCAUUAUUACAAAUGGGUAUUUUUGCAAUGACUGAUCCUUAUAAUAAUCCAUUAGGUAACUCAUUUCCGUUUGGUUUAUUCCUUUUGAUUUAUGGAAUUGGUUCUUCAUUCGGUUACCAAACCGGUUAUGCUAUUAAUUUAGCAAGAGAUUUUGCCCCAAGAUUAGCUGCUGCUUCUGUUGGUGGAUAUGGUGCUGAAUUGUUCACUUAUGGUAAUUAUUAUUUCUGGGUCCCAUUAGUUAUUCCAUUAAUUGGGUGUUUACUUGGUGCAUUCAUUUAUGAUGUCUUCAUUUAUCAAGGUCAUGAUUCUCCAUUAAAUCAAUCUGAUUUUGGUUUACAUGAAAGAUCUGCCCAUAUUAGAUCAUUUAGAAUGAAGGAUAUGAAGCCAGAUUUUGAUGUGGAACGUCAAGCAAAACAAAAUGGUGCUCAUGAAAUGGCUUAG